AUGAAAGUUCACACAGCGAUGCUUCUUUACGCUGCCAUGGCUGUAGUGGCUCCACUAGCAGUGGAUAGCGAGACUGCCAAGAAUUACACAAAUGGAAUUGAUGCAAAUGGCGCAAACAAAAUGAAAAUCAAGCACCUGUUUGCAUUUCCUAUUUUCAAGUUCAAGCUCAAGUUGCCAUUUCAAAACACUUCUCCAAACUCAUUACCACAAGGACAAAUUGGGAAAGUUGAGGAAGGAGACAAACUGCCAUCAGUAAGUAAGGAAUGGAAAUUUCUGCCAGAUGGUACAUCUGCGGCUACACCUACAAGCACAAUCGAUAUCAAAGACGACUCAAAGAAGAAUAAUGAGGACGUGGAUGAAUGUGACGGAUCUGAAAACAAGGACACAAAUGAGCCUCCAACUGAGACUUCGAAAGGGUUUGGUGACGUGUUCAUGGAGAUGAUGAGUGUAGGUAAAGAUUUGACUUUGGAAAAGAUUGAGGUAUUGAAGGAUGUCUUGUUUUUGAUUGAUCGUAUUAAAGAAGAAACCGAUUUCGCAAAGGAUCACAGUACUGCAGAUGUCGGUAACUUAGAAUCAGAGAAUACCGAGACUAGCACGAAUGAUGACAAUACGUCCUUAGGAAAGCACGACUUUGCUACAAUUGGAUCACAGGCGUCUCCAGAUGCUAAAAUUGAUGUUUGGAGAUCUUCGAUUGCACAAAGUGAAUUUAGAAAGUUACUGAAGAGACACGAGAUCACGCCAGAAGAUUUGAGCAACGCCAUAAAGUUGGGAGAUUUGAAGAAGUUUUUAGAGAAAAAGAAGAAGAAGAAGAAGAAGGAGGACUCAAAGGAUAAUGGGGGUGACGAAGACGAGAAAGAUUUUGAUUUCGAUGAUCUGAAUGAGGAGAGCGGACAACUCCUCAAACGUGCUGAUCAAACUGAACCCAUUUUUGAAGCUAAUGAUUUCAGUAAGCUCAAAGAGAAACUCGGAAUGUCCAGUAAACUGAACGAAGAUGGUGACUCGGACAAGGAAGAUACCGGCAGUCGCAAAAUAAAGUCUCAUUUCAAAAAGCCACCUAAUUCCAAGAAUGAUGCAUUGCUUACCACGAUUACAACUGCUUUGACUCCAGAAACCAAUGCUUCCGAUGAAGACUGUGCUGACAAAAAGCCUCAACCAAAGUAUUACCCCUCUCUACACCCUAAAGGGGAAGAGUUCCCAGAAGGAUUGUAUGGCGGCGAGCCUCUAUUGGAAGAGGAUGAUUGCGACGACGAAAAUAAGGAUGGCAAAGAGAAGUCCUACAAUGUUCCAAUGAACUUGAGAGAGAAAACCAAGUUACAAAAUCCCAGUUUGCAAGUUAAGAGAAGCAUUGAAGUAUCACAAACUGAUGAUAUCAAAUUUGUGAAAAACGAUGUUGAGCUUCCAAGGGAAUCUAGAUUAGUGGAGGAUGGAGGAACGCCCACUACUGACGUUUCCAAUGGUCCUGAUUAUUCUGAUGAUGAGGACGACGAUGAUGAAGGAAAUGAAGAUGAACUGGGAAAGAAGAAAAGCAAAUGGUCCUGGAGCUCUAUCUUUGGGUUUGGAAAAAACAAGAAAGAGGAAGAACCUACUUCAGAUGACCCCGAAUUUGCAUCAAACUGGUUAUUGAGGAAAAAUUUUAGAUCCAGAAAGGCGAAAUCAAGGUCUUCUGAGAUUACCACAACAACGGUUUUCAACACACCCAAGCCAACUGAAACUGGAAAUGACAACGAAGAGGAGGAGGAGGAUGAUCCUGACUGUCCAAAAGAGAAAAAGGAAAGAUUAAGAAGAGAAAAGGAAGAAAAACUCAAGAAGAAAAAGGAAGCGCUUAACAAGGAUAAAGAGGCGUUAAAGAAGGAGAAGAAAUUACUCAAAGACAAGUUGAAGAAGGUACCAAAAACCAGCUCCAAGACAGCUCCAAAAAAAUUUGCACCUCAUUACCAAAAUGCUCCCCCAAAUGGGAUUGGCCUUGAUGCUCCCGCAUUGAAACUGGGAGAAGUACCAAAUGGGUUGUCACCAGUAAAUCUGGUGACCUCAGAAAAGCGCAAGAAUUUUUUAUUACUAAUUCCUGAUCAAGGCGACGCUAGACUUUUGAACCCAGAAGAGUUUGCUAAUGUGGCUUCAGAAUUUGAUCAAGCUUUAGUAGUGAAUGUUGCGUACAAGACAGUUCAAACUGCUUAUAAAAUUGCAAAAAACAGGCAUUCAGGCGAUAUUGAAGAUGUUGCGGACGUUGAAGAAAUUGAAGAUUCUGCUAUUCGUAAGCAUAUUUCAAAGGACAAAGACUCAUUCGGAGUGGUAAUUAAGAAUAGAAAAGCUAUUGACGAAGCAGUUUCGAAAUUCUUUGGUGGAAAAAAGCAUGGAGGUUAUGUCUCUGACCGGAAAUCCGACGACGACAAAGUUGCAAGUGAGCCAGAGGAUGGAAGCUCGUCUCACAUCAAAUUUGUGGGUUACGAUUCUUUUGAAGCUCACAAGGCUACAAAAACCAAUGACAUUGGUUUCGAAGAAACAAUUGAGAAGGUGUUUGAUUCAUUAAAAGAAUCGGGAUUGAUUAAUGAAAUUUUGACCAUGUCCAUAAAGGAUAAGUUGGUGAGAAGUUCAUUUAUGGAUUUGACAAUUGAGAGUCUUCAGAAUGGCGAAAUUCCAUGGGAUGGCUUGUUAAUGGCAAUACAAGCUCAUGGAUGGGAUGUAGACGUUGAAAAGUUGACCUUUAAGAAACCUGAAAUUGGAAAGAUUUUGUCAAAGUUGGUUUUGGAAGCGAUUCCAGUAUUGCUUGAGAGAGGUGUUUUAACCCGGUUGGAUGUGAUUCGAAAAUUGUCUUUAUCUGAGAGGUUACCGGACUUUAAGAUCCCUAGUGACGUAGAAGAGAGUGUCAAAGAAAUUACUGAGGAUGAUGAAGUUGAGCACAAAUCUAGUAAUGUAAAGUUGGAGAAAGGACAUCUGGAAAAACACCAUUAUACAAAGAACUACAACCUGACUUCUGAUCCUGUUGUAGAACACCACAAAGAGAAGAAUAAACAGCUUGAGAAGCAAGAUCACUUGAGAGUUUACCCUGGACAAGACCAUGAAAAAGAUGGCCACAAAGUUGAAUGCAGUGACUCCAAACAAGAGCAUUUCGAAAAAUUAAAGGACGGAGAAUUGGUACACGAAGAGGACAGUAGUUGCAAGGAUCUACACAAACAUAAAGAAAAUCACCAUGAAGAGAACAAGGGUGGAGACUUGAAUGAGGAGCGAAUUGAGAUUGAUUUUGGUGAACUUCAAAAGGAGAAGCUUGAACAAGAUUACAGGUUAGACGCUAACCCUGAUGCUAUAAAAUCUAAGCGUGACAAACUCGCAUUGGACAAGAACUUGAAAUCGUCCACCUCACUCUCCAAAGAACACGCUAAGGAUCACUAUGAAUCCAAUCGUACAUUGGGAGGUCAACGUCAUUCAAAAGAACGCUAUGCUAAAGAACACCAUGAACAGGAACGUCAUGAAACGGCACCAGGUGUGGAACAGUAUGAGAAGCAAAAACACUAUAAAGAAGAACAUGCAAAGGAGAAUCAUGAAUUGGGUCCGCAAGAACAUGAACAGGUCGUGAAGGAACAUGGCAAAGCUGGUAACCAGCAGAACAAGCUUGUUGCUGCUGAUCUUGCUAAGGAAUCCCAGUUGAAUGUUGGAGAAAAUUUGCAAGGGGAAAAACCUAUUCAAAUUCGUCCUGCUAUUCCUGGUCAAGUCUUACUUUCCGUUGUGGGAUAG